UUUGAUAAAAAAUUAAUAAAAUUAAUGGUACUUAACAAACUCAUAAGGUUUACCAUAACUGCCUUUGUUCUAGCAGUGAUAUUUGGGGAGUUUAAUAACACAACAGGACUAAAAACAAAUACUCUUGCUAUCAUUAAUAAAGAGAGUGAGUUUACUCCAAUGCUAGAAGCCAGGGCAGAAUUUCUUCGUAUAAAAACAGAUGAAAUCUUUGACUUGUUCAACGUCACCACUGAAGGUUUUCUAGGUCAAGUUAGAUCAGCAGUAAUCGAAACGAUUCAAUGAAUCCAUGAUCACUCUACAGUGGUUGUCCUAGGCCUUGCCUAUACUCAAUUGGUGCUAGGAAUCUGCAUGCUACUGAAUGUCGGCAAAUCUUUUUGAUUAAUGAAUACAGCUUUAGUGUUAUCAAGUCUGUUGCUUCUUAGAUUCCCUAAAGACCUCGAGGAUUAUAAUGCGAUUCAAGAAUUAGUAGUACUAGCUAUCUGAAUGAUCGUUAUUGAAAUCUUAUGCAAAACCUGGAGGAGUACCUCUGGAAACCUUCCAGGGUUAAAAUCAUCAGUACCAACCCCAGAAACCAGGCCAAGAAGAAUGGAGGAAAAGAACCUUCCUAACGGAAAUGUUAGCCAGGGUAACAAAAAGAAGAAGAAUAAGCAGAGGUCAUAACUUUUGUU